GACCGUGAAAUCUCUUCGUCAGCCGUUAGACCUCUCACCACAGUUCGCUCUCUUUCUCUCACUGUUUCCAGCCGGCAGCAGCAGGUCCCGCAGCCCGCCCUUCCUAGCCCCAGCAAGGCAGCAACUUCUAGCUAAUUUUAAAGGGUACUUAAAAAAAUGGGGCCGAGAUGGAAAGGAAAAGGAGCAGAAGCUAAAGCACUAGCAGAUCCCAUGUCAGAAAUAGUCGCACAGCUUCAAUCUUCUCUUCUUCAGUCAAAUGCAUGUGCGUCACUCUCAGGUUGUAGUGUGCUUCUUGCAGUGGAAACAGAACAGACUGAGCUUCUCACGCGGGCAUGUUUCGGUAAACCCAUUAUCACAGCUGAGAAAGAAAAGCAAUGGUUUCAGUUGGGUUUGGAGGAAGCAUUUUAUUUGUGUUAUUCUUUAAAAUGUCUAAAGAUUGCUGGUGAAGAUAAUUUUGUUAAAAAUGAUUUAGGUUUGUGGUUGUAUAUGAAAUUGAAAAAGGAAAAAUUCCCGGAUUUUUAUAGGGCGUAUUCUCAUCUUCGUAUGAAAAAUUGGGUUCUCAGACCAGGAUUACAGUAUGGCGUGGAUUUCGUUGCUUACCGGCAUCAUCCAUCUUUGGUACAUUCAGAAUAUGCUGUGAUUGUUUUAUCAGAAGGGGAUACUGGGAGAAUGAGGGUGUGGUCUGAUUUCCACUGCACUAUUAGACUUUGUGGAAGUGUUGCGAAAACGUUGUUAAUUCUGAAUGUUGACAAACAUGGUCACGGUGCUAUCUCUCCAUCUUGUUUGGAGAGAUACUCUGUUGAGGAGUGCACAAUCACGAGAUGGAGUCCAGAACAAAGCCGUGAUGAUAAGAAAGCCUCAGAAAAUGGAGCGAAGUCAAGUUUUGAUCAUGGAGCUGGUCUUCCUAUUGUGAUGGCCUAAGCAACGUGUAAAUGUCUCCAGUCCAGUCUGACUAGGUGUAAAAGCCGAUCUGUUGGCUUUAUCAUUCAUUAGAUGCUUUAAGACAAGAAAAGGGCAUGUAAUGAUAAAGCCACAGUGUUGGGUUUUAGACCAGUUAAUCACACAACACAACAGCAAUACCAAGUUGAAAAUUGAGCAAAAUACAAAAAAUGGAGCCAAUUUCUUCAUCACUGUAUCUGCAUGUCCCUUUUAU